AUGAAGUGGCAAAUUUUUAAGAGAGUCUUGCCGGAUUCAAUAUUUUUUUGGCUAUUUCUUCUCCUUUUAUAUGGAGCAAGACAUGUGAAGUGUCAGGAGUGCCUUGCAGUCAGGGAUGCUGAAGACCUAAAGUUUGAUGCUCCAGAUACCCACAGCAAUAUUCCAGCGCAAGAAAGAGAACGGGGGGCUCUAUCACCCUUAUUUAGGAUGGUAGAACAUUUCCUGGAUGCAGUGCAACCAAAUCAAUUCCCAAAAGAUUUACUUCGUAUUAUUCUAAACAAUGCCUCAUCACUGAGUACUUCUGAGGUAGCAAGGUACGAGGCUGGAUAUGUAACCUGUGCUGUGAUUACGGUUCUAUUCUUGGUUUUCAUGCUGGUAUUCGGGAUCACAUUUUGCUCGUAUGAGUAUCGCAGGAGGACGAUCUUUGAGAACUGUGAUGGAGUGCUCUGCCAGAGGACGCCGGUAUUUUCAGCUCUUCUGGUGACUUGCCUCAUAUUUGCUGGGCUGGUCCUAACAUUCUACCUCAACCAGAGAGUAAAAGAAGAGGUUGGACCAGGAGUCCAGGACAUAAGAAGCACCCUACAGAACUUCCGCCAUUCACUGUCCAGCAUCCCACAGGCCCUUGAAAAGGUUAUAUAUGAAUUCAACGUCCCCAAAAAUAAAGUUUUCGAAGAUUUAGAGAAGUUUGGGCCUGCCAUCAACCGCUCAGUUGUUGAAAGACUCAAUGAGGAUAUUUAUCCCCGCCUACAAAAUGCUUACCAGACAGCAAAACGGCUGGAAAGAGCUGCUCAGAUUGUCGUGGAUAUGAAUAUAACUUUAAUGAGGUUGCAACAGAGACACAGCAGCAUUAUGACAGCCCUCGUCAACCGUAAAGAAAAGGUGCAGAGCAUUUUAUCUGAUCCACGCUGUGAAAACUGUAAUGAGGCUGCAAGCAUCCUACAAAGAGUGCAGUUGACACAAAACUAUAGCCAGGUACCAUCUUUAGAUUCCUUUGUGAAAAAAUUGUCUAAUGUGAGAAAAAUCAACUUGACAGGACUUUUUCAACAAGGAAUGAGAUCUUUGAAUGAAAUGCCAAAACUUGUGACGUCACAGACCUCCAGAAGCACUGAUGAUGUUAGAAAUGCACUGAACAGCGUGCAGCAGGAAAUCAAUUUGUACGCAAGCAACAUCCCUAUAAGGCAGUACAUUGAUCCUAUUAGCAAAGCUUUGCUGGAUAUUGAAUACAAGACCAGUUCAUAUGGGCAAGACUUGCAAUACUACGACUAUUACAGGUGGAUAGUAGGAAUUGUGUUGAGCAGCAUUAUUCUAGUAAUUGUUGUCUGUACGCUGCUGGGACUCAUGAUCGGAGUUUGGGGUCUUUAUCUGAAACAGGAUCCCAUCGAUGCAACACUGAGACAAAGGAUUGGAGCAGGAUUUCUUAUAGUAGAUGUUUAUCUUACCUUCUCAUUCUCCUGGCUGCUCAUAAGCUUAGUAUUUGUCACAUUUCUUGUUGGUGGAAAUGUUCAGACCCUUCUGUGCAGACACUGGGACAAUAAGGAUAUAUAUAGGUUUUUAGAUGAUCCUAGAAACCUUCCACAAAAUGUAAAUUUGAAAAAACAGCUUGGACUUAAGGACAAUUCCAGUUUCACAGAUAUGUAUCAACAAUGCAAGGGCGGAGCUGCCUUCUGGGAUGUUCUGAAAUUUCAAAGUCCAAUUGAUCUGGACAGUGCAUUCAAUAUCACCAAGUACACUGCUGAUCUCCAAUUUAAGAUUAAUAACUUUACAGUGGACGUGCGAGCACUAACUUUUUUCACAAGGAUUUCCAUUCUCGUGCUGACAGACUAUAAGAACAGUGGAAUUGAUCAAGUGCCAUUCAGUGGUAUUCUUGCACAGAUACAAACCCCUUUGCUGACAGAAGGUCUUGGACAAGUUACAACAGCUCUGGAACAACUUGCUGCCAUCCAGAGUGAUUCAGAGAUAAAAAUCCAGUUAGAGAAUGAAGUGGCUGCGCUGAGAGACCUACAGAAUUCUACUCUUAAAGAACAGGAGGCUGAUGUGGAGAGGUUUAAGGACAGUUUACAAUCACUGGCAAACAUUUCUUCAACUCUGCAGGCUGGAAUAGAUAAAGCAAUAAGCGAUGUCCAGGAUCUACAAGGACCAGUAAUUCAAAGUGCUAUCUGGCAAGUGAAAAAUGAGAGCAGUUGCCUCUUACAACAAGCCAUAAAAUACUUCACCCAAUACUUGGACUGGGUAAAAAAAAAUGUAAUUGAGGACAUCUCCUCUUGCAGAUCAGUAUCUGUGACAUUGGACAACGCCCGUGUUAUAGUCUGUAACCACAUUACUGAUCCCUGGAAUGGCUUUUGGUUUUGCCUUGGCUGGUGUACCUUUCUCCUCAUUCCUAACAUCAUUUUAAGUAUUAAAGCUGUGCAGCAUAUCACUCCUUUUACAACCGGGCCACUUCACACCUGCCCCAAGGAGGAGGAGGAAGAGGAGAAUCUCUUCUCAAUAUCACAAGAUGCAGAACCAAAGAAGGUCUCAUCUCAUGGGAAAUAUGGACAGAUAUAUUUUAAGAAAAAUGGCAGAAGACAGACCAAUACUGAAACUGCACUUUAA